CUCCCGCCAAACAAAUAGUAAUAUAAAAAGGAAUACAAAAUGGCAGAAGCUCAAAGGUCAGGUUAAAAAUGGGGGGAAAAACACAGUACUGGUUACUGAAAACAGAGCCAGGAGAAUGGUCAUGGGACGACCAAGAAGCAAACGGCGGUAUAUCAAAGUGGGACGGAGUGAAAAACAAGCAAGCUCAGAAGUAUAUGAAGUCUAUGAACGUAGGAGACCUUUGUUUCUUCUACCACUCCGGGUCCAAAGCCCGGCGCGUUGUGGGUGUUGUCUCAGUGGCGCGUGAAUGGUACACAGAUGAUGAUGGUGGUGGUGGUGCGGUGGAUGUAAAGGCGGUUGGUGAGAUGAGGAGGGCUGUAGACCUGGCGGAGAUGAAGAAAAAUGAAGGAUUGAAGGGUUUUGGGCUUUUUAGACAACCUAGAUUGUCGGUUGUACCGGUGGAGAAGGGUUUUUGGGAUAAGAUUUGUGAAAUUGGAGGGGGAUUUGAGAGUGAUGGUGGUGGAGAUUGUGAUGAGUAGUUUUGCAUACCAGGUGUUUGUGUUUUUGCUUAAGAAAGCUGCCCAUCUUAUGGAUUUUUGGGGUGGUUAGGUUUUGGUAAAGUAGUAUUUCGACUUAAUGACAUAUAUAGCUUGUUGAUAGUGGUGGCUUAUAUAUAUUCUCUGCUUAAAACUUUUGAUCUGUUUUUAUAUUGAUUCCAAAAGUUUAGAGUCUUCUGUGUAGGAAAAACUAAUGUACAAUCUUUGUCAAUUGUCAUCAGUAGUUUUGAGAAAUUAAUGGUGCAAACAACUAAAGAAUGGAAGCCAAUCUCUUCAAGAAUAUGGUACUCCACUUUUGUAAUGCAGGAACAAUAACAACCCCUAUCUUGUGGAGAUAGAGAUGUUUCCAAUAGAUCCUCGUCUCAGGAUUGUAAUGUAGGAACGUGAUUCGAAAUUGGCGUGAAUAGUAGCUAGAAGUAAAAGGACACAGCAACUACAAGGACUGAGGGGAUAUUCAAAUCCUAAAGACAGUAAAAAGAAAAUAUCAAGGAAAUGAAUUUGCUUGGUAGAAGAUCUGAUAGGUAACUUUUUCUCGGUGAGAGCCUACAUAAACCAGUCAUUUUACAUUAGCAAGUUUAACAGGAAAAAUUCCCAAUUCGCCGACUCAAUGGACAUUGCAAAUUAAGAGCAAAACGUAGCAGCAUGCUAGUUUCAACAUUUUGUGUGUGUGUGUGUGUGUUUUAUCUUUAUGUUUAUAACCCUUCGUAGCACGCUUAGUGGAGAAAAUAGGAGCUCAUGUGCAGCAGCAACUUAAGUGAUGACCAUUUUCCUUGAGAAGAUUACUGCUCUUGGACCUCUGCUCAUAAUAUUCUAUUUCCACUACUUGUAUGAGUCGAU